AUGGAGGUCAUUAUUGGGAUCCCUCCCCCCCCCAUCCACUCGGAACGUCUUUCCCUCCAUCCACUCGGAACGUCUUUCCCUCCAUCCACUCGGAACGUCUUUCCCUCCAUGCACUCGGAACGUCUUUCCCUCCAUCCACUCGGAACGUCUUUCCCUCCAUCCUAUCGGGAUCACUUUCCCUCCCCUCUCGGGACUCCUCAGGGGACUGCCUCUCUCUUGGAGGAGCUAGGGAAUUCUUUUUCUUGCGACUUUUCGGUGGACGAUUCUGGUGGAGCUCGCCUAAUGGCCAAGAUUCUUUUUCAGAAAUUUCCCAAAGAAUUGAAGGGGGAAAUGAUAGGACUAACAGGUAAACGAAUACCAUCAUUGUCUGCCAUAUUGGAACUUACAAGUGAGGCAGUCAAACGAUUACGGGUUAAGGGAAGCGCGUCUGCUGCUUCUACAUUCACCACUGGCCAGGGUUCUUCUCAAAAAACCGCACGGAGGGCCACUGUUACUUCUUCCUUUCAUGUGGAUUCCAACAACCUGACUUCUGCUGGUUAUUCCCGUAGCUUGCCCCCCAUCCUAUUGGUCACUUUUUUCAAUGGAGAAAAAAUGGUGUCAGUUAAUUGCCUUUUGGACACUGGUAGUGGGCGUUCGUACUUGUCUGCUGAUGUACUGAGGGACUUGGGUUCAGUUGAGACUGUUGGAGUCAGUUGUCGGCUUAGACUUUUCACCCUCCUUGGUGAGUGUGACCGGAAUUUCACGGAGGUGGUUCUGGGAGUUGACCUUGGUUCUGGUGAGGCUUUGGCUUCCUCUGUUUUGGUCACUGAUGCAAUGGACUUGUCUGUACGACUGGCUCACUUGGAGACCCUGUUGGGUGCUUUUAGGGCAGCUGACUAUAAUUUGGCUGGCCAAUUUGAGGCCGGGUCAGACCUUGUGCUUAUCAAGGGCAUUAUUGGAUUGGACCUUAUUCAUCGAUUGAUUACAUUGAAGUUGGUCCCCUGUCUGAGGGGUUGGGCAUUUUCUGUUCCGUCAGGCCUGGUUCCCUUUGGAACUGUGGACUCCUUUUUGUCAGGAGACAAGAUCCCUUGUGAAGUGGCCCACCUCUCCUUUAAUACUGUAAUGGGGGAUACCCCCGAAGUGAAUUCCUCACAUUUGUGCUUCGUUCUUGAAAACCAACCAACCUACCUUGACCCUUUGGCGGAGUUUUUUCCUGACAGUGCAGUCUCGUUCAACGUCAUACAACGAGACCAGAGCGUCUAUAAAAAUCGUCAAUCCUUUGGCCUUGGUUCGGCCCGGGAGAAAAAUUAUUAUUUUAGACGCAGACGCCGCCACAGCACAUACUUCCCCCCUCCCUCCCUACCCUCGCUGCCAUCUAUUACUCCACCGUGCCGCCAUCUAUUACUCCCCCGUGCCGCCAUCUAUUACUCCCCCAUGCCGCCAUCUAUUACUCCCCCAUGCCGCCAUCUAUUACUCCACCAUGCCGCCAUCUAUUACUCCACCAUGCCGUCAUCUAUUACUCCACCGUACCUCCUAUAA